CAAUCAUAUUCCACUGCGCUUUGGCGGAAGUUGGGAAUCCCCGAAAGUGUCUCGCUAGACGCGUAUGGACGAGCAGAAAGCAUCUCUAUUCAUAAUAAAGUCUGUUACCUCGUGGGUCCGACAACUUCUUUUCACGGACACGUUAAAGACUUGACAAGAUGGUGUACAUGUUGGUUGAAAAGCACACACCUGAUCUUCUCCGUCUGACCAGAUCCCCAGGGAUUAGAUCUUGGUCCCUUUUCGUUGGGAUUGCGUCAGUCGGCCUGGCAGCAGCAUAUUACAGUUCGGACAGCGUGCUAUGGAAACUGUUUUACAUAACAGGCUGCGUAUUUGUCGCCUUACAGAAUAUGGAAGAGUGGGAAGAGGCAACAUUUGACAAACAGAAUAGUGUGAUUGAACUGAAAACCUUCAGUCUGUAUGCAAUGAUACUCACACUGUGGAAAAAAGGACAAGAAAAAGUGUUACUGGAUUUAAAGCACUUGCGUGAUGUAAGUGUUCAAGAGGAGAAAGUGCGGUAUCUAGGGACGGGUUAUGUACUUGUGCUUCGGAUGGCCACUGGAUUCUCGCACCCUCUCACGCAGAGCGCUACUCUCAGCGGACGGAGUGAUGUGGAGGCACUUUGUGCACUUUUGAAGCGCUUUGUGGAACUUGAGGCUCUGCAAGAAAAUGUGACUCAAGAAGACGAGGAUGAAGACCGCGAAGAAGAUGAUGAUGAGUUCGAGCAACUAGGGAUGGAGGGGGACGACGAGAGCAGCGAUUCAAGCGAUCAGCAUGAUCAGCCAACUCAGUGACCAGUGUUCCCAUCAACCCGUUUUUGACACUGAACUCUAAUUGACCUUUAUUGACAAACCAAUAACUCAGGUUUAAAUACGAGCAACUACCUGAGAUCAUUUCCAUUUAUCAGUGCAUGACUAUUAUAUCUGUUUUAAUGUUAUCUUUUUGUCUACCUCAGUAAAGAUGCCUUACCUAGAAUCUCUGGUAAUCUCUAAACACAGUAGCUAGUGAGCAUAAGUCGGAAUAAUAGUCAUAAUAAGCAUUUUAAACAGAAGAAAAAGCGUAGGACGUAACAGUAUAGGACAUUACAUAUAUUCAAAUGAUUUCCAAAUUGAUGGUAGAUAACUCGGGGAGGCAGUACUGCAUGAUUUUUAAAUGUUUGAUUUGAUGCACCUUCAUCAACUCUAAUGUAUACAGGUGCUAAAACUUUAAGGGCUUUAAAAACACCAGAAGAGUGAUGAGAUUGUGUAUAUAAUGCCUUUGGAUAUUAUUAACUCAAAAUAAUGAUACUUUUGGGCUAUGUAUAUUUGUUUUAAAAUAUUUUAGCUUAAUCUGAUCAUAUUAAAAACCAUUUUAAAGAAUGUUUAUUAAGA